UCCACACUGCGAGGGAUGAUCGCCACUGAUCCGGUUUGAUGAAGCUUGAGAACAAGAAGUAUAAGAAGUAUAGGAAGUAUAGGAAGUAUAGGAAGUACAGGCUAAACUAUGAGAAGUUCCGCUCCAAGCGCGUAAUUACGCACGACGGUCCGUUCCCUUUCGCUAAAGGUGUUUUUCUAUAAAGGAUGCUGGACCCCAAGGACUGUGGAGUGACAAUGACACCCAGUCAUAAGAUUUCUUUUUCUAUAAUUGACAUACUGGAUCCGAACAAAUUCAACAGCAAAAGGGGAAGCGAACUUUCCAUCGUCGCGGAGAAGUUCCCCGAGCCACAAGAGGAGGGGACAAGUUUGGAGUCGGACAGCAGUACAGACGGAGACUCCGGAGUUGAACGCAUGAAAGCAGGAGAAGAGACAGGAGAUGAACACUUUGCAUCCUCCAGGCAUCACGCAGUUGUUGCUGACCCACUUCUGCUUUCCCCACCAACCGAAACAGAGCCCUGUCCCACCGGGGAGCAGGACGAGGGGGGGGCAGAGGUCACCCAGCAGGAUCCCUCCCCUCACAAGCGGCGGCGCCACGACCAGGCCUGUGCCAAGCCACGGCGAGCCAGAACAGCAUUCACGUACGAGCAACUGGUGGCUCUGGAAAACAAGUUCCGCACAACUCGGUACCUGUCUGUGUGCGAGAGACUAAACCUGGCCUUGUCUUUGAGUCUGACUGAAACCCAGGUGAAAAUCUGGUUCCAGAACAGGAGGACCAAAUGGAAAAAGCAGAACCCCGGGGCGGACAGCACUUUGCAGCCCGGCUCCAACUCCCUGGUCAACGUCAGUCCAAACCCACCCACCUGUGGGGCAAACCCCGCGAGCUUCCACCAAACUUUCCCCAGUUUCAGCUCUGGUAAUGUGAUCUUCCACACGGCCGGUGGUGUUCCGCUUUCAUCCACUGGAGGGCUUCUGCAUCCCUUCAUGACCAGUGGUUUCGUCCAGCCGGCUUAUUUUAAUCCACAUCUAUGAGAGCAGCCGAGAUGCUGCUGGUUAUAUUGUUGUGGCAAGUCUUUAAGGGAACUAAAAAAAAUAUUCAGAACUGAACUUUUACUGCCCAGAAACAUUGUAACUGUUCAAUUGAACAAUGUUCAAUUAACUGAAGAGAAAAGGAGGCCCCUGUUUGUUUAGCCUUUGCCUGUUCACAUAAACAUUUCUUAAACGGGUUACCUUUUAAAGGAAAUGAAAGAAAUUCCAUAAGAAACUCAAAAUAGACUGUUGGCUGUCUUGAAUCGUUUGUCAUGAACCUUUUCCAAAAUGUGAACAUCAUAACAAAAGGCCAAAUCUGUGACUCAUCCCAACACAUCCGAACAUUCAUGCUCCUUGGUAGCUCUGUGAAGACUGUACCACUAUCCACUGAUUGUCUUACAUCAUGUUUUGCUGAAACACCUGCUAACGCUGUACAUUUGACAGCUCAUACAUACAUAUCAUUUUCUGUGGUAUAUUGCAACCAUCCGAUACCCAGCUAUGCGUACCU